AUGCCUCUUAGCCAGAAAUUGGAUGAGCCGCUUGUUACAAUUGAGAUUGCUGAUUCCAGCACAAUGCAGCAGGCAGUUGAUCCACUCGCCACUACAAGUACUCCAGCGGUGGAGCCCGUAAAUGGAGCGCCAUCGGAAGAGUCUCCGCGUCGCCAGGGACGAGUUACUAAUCAACUUCAGUUCCUUCAGAAAAAUGUCAUUAAGGCCGUGUGGAAACAUAAAUUCGCAUGGCCUUUCCAUCAACCUGUAGAUGCUAAGAAAUUGAACCUCCCAGACUACCAUAAGAUUAUUAAGAAGCCUAUGGAUUUGGGAACUGUUAAAAAGAGAUUGGAAUCAAAUUAUUACUACUCGGCUCAAGAAUGUAUUCAAGAUUUCAAUACUAUGUUCACAAAUUGCUAUAUCUACAACAAACCUGGGGAGGAUGUGGUUGUUAUGGCGCAAACGUUAGAAAAAUUGUUCCUUAAUCGGAUAGCACAAAUGGACAAGGAGGAGAAAGAGAUUGAAGUGCCAUCGAACAGCGCAAAGAGCGUGAAGAAGCGUUCCAGCUCGAGUGUGGCGCCGAUUGUCCCAGGCGCGCGUUCCACGCCGGUCAAGGCAGUGCCGUCGACGCCUCUUCCGGCCUUCGUGGGUUCAACCAACACCACCACCACACCUACACUAGCCGCACCCCCUACGCCGCCCGCUACGCACGCUGGAUUGCCGCAACAGAUGGCGACGCAACCCUCUAACUUUCACGUGAGCCAAGCGGCCGCCCCACCUGUCCAAACCAUGCCUGCGGUCACCUUGUCGCAGACGCAACCAGCAAAGGUCAAAAAGGGUGUUAAGAGAAAAGCGGAUACAACAACGCCCAUGGGAAGUUCCUUUGAAGGUGGUUACACAACGCCCACUAUCGACCAACAAGGUGGACCUAAGCCAGCCAAAAUCUCCACAAGAAGGGAAAGUGGGAGACAGAAAAAGGCUGGUAGAGUCGCCGAUGACGGGUUCAAAAUGGGCGGAGUGUCGCCGGGAGUUGGCGGCGCCGGCGCGUCUCAUCACGCCGGGACGCCGCAACUUGCCAAGAACAAGGAGAAACUAUCCGACGCGCUCAAGAGCUGCAAUGAAAUACUAAAAGAAUUAUUCUCUAAGAAACACUCAGGCUAUGCCUGGCCGUUCUAUAAACCUGUGGAUGCCGUUCUACUUGGUCUACACGACUACUUUGACAUAAUCAAGAAGCCUAUGGACCUUGGAACGGUGAAACAGAAAAUGGACAACAGAGCGUACAAAACGGCAGCGGAAUUCGCGACGGACGUCCGUUUAAUAUUUACCAACUGUUACAAAUAUAACCCACCCGAUCACGACGUGGUCGCUAUGGCGCGAAAACUGCAGGAUGUUUUUGAAAUGAGAUACGCGAAAAUACCAGAUGAGCCGAUUCAUGCGGGAGUACCUCACAUAGACAAAGGAAGUUCGGGCUCCAGUUCGGAGUCCGGUUCCGAAUCUGAUUCUGAAUCUGAUGAUUCAGAAGAAGAAAGAAAUAAUAAAGUCAAAGUAUUGGAGAAGGAAUUACUCGCUCUCCAAGAGAAGAUGAAGAAACUCGUCGAAGAAUCAAACACUAAGAAAAAGGCGAAAAAGAAAGUAAAAGACAAACCGAAGAAGCCAAUAACCAAUAGUGUCGUGCCGAAGCCCACCCCCGUACCCGCCUAUACUAAAGUUAAUAAUAUAGCAGAAAAUUUGGUGAAUGUUGCAGCGUCGGCCGUGCGCGGCAAGACGGGCAGCAAGCGGGGCGGCGGCGCCGGCAAGGGCAGCUCGCGGGGCGCGCCACCCGCCAAGAAGAAGAGCUCCACGCCCACCGCGGCGCCGCACGUCCCGCCGCCCGACUCCGACGACGAGGAUCUCGCUAAGCCCAUGUCCUACGACGAGAAGAGGCAGCUCUCGCUCGAUAUUAACAAGCUCCCGGGUGACAAACUGGGUAAAGUGGUACAUAUAAUACAAAGUCGAGAGCCUUCGUUGCGGGAUUCGAAUCCUGACGAGAUAGAAAUAGACUUCGAGACUCUCAAACCGUCCACACUCAGGGAACUCGAGAGCUAUGUCGCUUCGUGUCUUCGGAAAAAAACACAUCGAAAGGUUUCCGGUAAAUCUAAAGAUGAACAAAUAGCUGAGAAGAAACAGGAAUUGGAGAAGAGACUGCAUGACGUCACUGGGCAAUUAGGAUCACAUAAGAAACAACAACCUAAAAAAGAUGGCAAGGAGGGCCUGGGUGGAGGCAUCUCCUCUUCAUCAAGUUCAUCAGACUCCUCCAAUUCUUCGUCCAGCACCGACACUUCAUCCUCGGACAGCAGCGACAGCGAAGCAGGUGCAAAUAUUGGAAAACAGGCAAAGAAGAAAGUAAAAAAGCAACCACACCCGCUGCCAUCAUCACAACCUAAACCGAUAAUCGCGCCCGUCAUAGCACCUGUGGUAUCAGCUCCACCGGUUGCCACAGAACAGCCGUCCGCGCCACCCGCCCCAGUGAAAGAGGAACAGGCCCCUACCCCAGCACCUGAAAUUAACCCUCCCGUAGCUUCUGCACCCCUCACUACCCCUGUCCAACCAAUAAUUAACCCUCCCAUUAGUAAUUUACCCGACUCUUGUAACGUCCCUAUCGUUCGCGAACCCGAUAUUAAACCCCUGAAAAUGGAACCUCGCAACGGCCUCGAUAAAGUUGACACGUCACACUAUAUCGAUCCAAUAGAACGGUCCUUGGCAAGUCUCGAAAGAAGCCUGCAAGCAGAGGUUCCCUUGGACGAUAGCGUUAGCGCCUCGGAGUCGUCCAUGCGUCUGGAUGACUUUAUGAACAACAAACCUUCCAUGAUGUCUGACACGUCGCAUCACAACUUAAUGGCUCAACUUGGCGGACUGACAGAUAUGACUCACGUUUCGGAGCCUAUGAAAAAUGAAAUGCAUCUUCCUCCACCGCACAACGGAUAUGUAGAUAAGAAUAUGCACGAAAGAGAGAUGCCGAGGCCCGAUGUAAACGCCACCUUGGCCGGAAUCACGACGGCGCCGAAUGUCUCGUCAAUUUUCGAUCCAAUUUAUUCGGCUCCACACAGCCAUCCGGUUACGGCUCAAGCCCAAAUGAAUGUUAUGCCUAGCGCGCCUAAUAACAUGGUCCCACCGGUUAUUAAGAAAGAAGACGUAAAACCCUUGCUCACUCCCAAGCCCAUUGAGGAUCUCAUGAGGGUACCCAGCGUAGUUACAAACAAUAUGACGGAAAGAGGGGCAGCGCUCGCGCAAAUGUUUAAGACGAAACAAGAGCAGAAUUUGAGAAAUGCCUCGUCGUGGUCGUCCUUAGCGCAAGCGGGAAGCCCUCAGAGUGUUCCUACAACAAUUGGAACAAAUAAUCAAGUAAAACCUAAACCUGUUAUGGACAGUUUUCAAGCUUUCAAGAAACAAGCUCGUGAAAAGAUUGAUCGACAAAGAGCACUUAUAGAACAACAGGAGUUAAGAAAGAAAGAACAGGCGGAACGAGAAAGGCAAAGGCAAGAAACAGAAAGACGACAUCCAGAGGAUGAUAAAACGAGAUUUCAACCGAAGACAAUUAAUGGAGCCUUCACAAGGGGAAUACAAGCCGGUCGAAAGCCCGAAGGUAGCGAGGUUUCGUCGCCCAGCGUGUCUCCCGUAGCGCGUGGUUCACCUCCAGCCGCAGCCGCGGCCGUCGCUAGUGCGGCGCCGGACAAGCCACCUGCUUCCGAGCGAGACCGCCUGCGCCAGAGGGAACAGGAGAGACGGAGGCGGGAAGCUAUGGCCGGUCAAAUAGACAUGAACAUGCAGAGUGACUUGAUGGCUGCUUUCGAAGAGUCCUUGUAA